UCAUAGGAGAACAAUCAUUGAGACACACACGAACCCUAAAACACACAGAUUAGAUUGUUUGAUUUCUUCACGCUUCGAGUUCCAAAGAUGCAUAGGCUUGUUGUACUUUCUAUAUUUGUUUUGUGUGUCUCACACUCCGGUGUGGUACAAGCAGACAAUGCGCCUGCUCCUUCUCCUUCGCCAAAGCCAACACCAACAAAGUCACCCUCUCCGGCCACUUCUCCUGCCAUCUCUCCGGCGACUACUCCGACACCCACUUCAAAGUCUCCGACUACUUCCCCGCCUACGUCUGCUCCAACAGUUUCUCCGCCAGUGUCGACCCCACCGGCGAAAUCCCCGUCAGUUUCACCACCGUUGAAAUCACCGUCGCUUUCACCUGCAAAAUCUCCGGCUAAUCCCCCGGCCACGUCUGUUUCUCCGACCCCGAGCCCGUCGACAAAAGGAUCUUCUCCGGUUUCAUCCCCUGUGCCGGCUUCGUCUCCGCCCAUCGCUCCUGUGAGUGCCCCGGAAACGGCUCCCGUCCCAGCGAGUUCCGCCACUCCCGAGGCUUCGGCGAGCAUUCCAUCGAGUUCGGCGACUCCGGGUCAGGCACCAGUAACUCUUCCAUCGAGCGGUAGUCCGCCAAGUCCUGCGCCGGUGUCGCCCGAAACUGCACAAGGUCGGGUUGGUGAUGAUUCCGGUUCUGAUUCGAAGCGCGGGGGGGCUCGGGUCAUUUUGAGUGGCUUGAGUAUCAUGGCCGCUUUGGCUUUCUAAAUUUCUAAUUUUCUACUCUCUUUUUUCAUUAGCUUUUUCCACAUUAUUCAUAUUUAUUUGCUGUAGUCACCAGUAUUUUUAUUAAACAUUGUUGUAUUUUUGUUGAAUGAUAAAUAUUCGUUUAGUUUUA